AGAGGAGGCAGGACUUUCUGGCUCCGUGGUGCGCUCCGACACCAGAGGUCCGCUUUAAUACCAGUGGAGGAGAAGGCGAAGUAACUCGACUUUUUACACUGGCCAGAGAGAGAGAGAAAGAGGCAGCAGUCCACUCCUCCUUCCAGGACAGUCGGCAUCGAGCAUCCAUGUGCCAAAGGACUUUUGUAUCCGGAGCGCAGACUGAGGCCAGUCUGCCGCUUGAAAAGUCUUGAACUGAUUGGCUGACUUGUCUGCGCGGAGUCUAGUUUAAAUUUUACAGCUUUUAUCAAUAUUAACGGGCACCUUUGUAAGACAUCCAUUCACCUCAGACACUGGUUUUGGACUCCAUGACAGCCUGAGAAGACAGAAAAUCCAAAUCCCCGAUUGCUGUUUUCGGGAUCCUCAUAUCUGCAGGACUUGGGACUGAUUUACUUUUCUUUUCUAAUUACUCCAGACUCUUGAUUUCUGCGCAGGACAUGUGCAGCCCGGCUGUCUCCAACCUGCCGGCGCGUCUUUGUCAUUUUAAUGCCGCUGUAAUCACUGCGCGUCUGGCUGAUUGCCGCUUUGCAUUUCAGCGCAAACUCGCAAACUGAUGAGCUUUCUUCUCCUGGCUGCAGUACAGACGAGAGAUUUGCGUGAUAAACGCUGACUGUGGAUCUUCUUUACACGAUCUUGUUCCCUUUGGAUUGGGGUCUGUCUAUUUAUUUGUUCUUUUUCAUCAAAGUCUUUUAUAUAUAUAUUUUUUUUUUCCUUGGAGUGAAUCCGAUGAUGUUGCUCUGGUGCUUAAACCCACCAUCCUGGUCCACCUGUAGGGUUUUCUUCUGGUUUCUGUUGCUACUCCAAACGCCCCGGUCUUCCUCUCCGCUAAUUACAGGUACAGAGGCCAGCUGUGAAAAUGAAGGAGAGGUCCUCCACAUCCCCAACAUCACCGACAACCCCUGCAUCACCUGCGUCUGUCUGGAGGGGAAAGCCGACUGUAAACAGGAGAAGUGUCCGUUGGUCUCUGAAGACUGUGCUCUGGUGGUAAAACAGACUGGAGCUUGCUGUGAAAGAUGUAAAGGUUGCACGUUAGAUGGGCGAUCCUACAACAGCUCAGUGUCCUGGACCAACUCCACCAAACCCUGCAUGACUAGACGCUGCCAGGAAGGUGUCAUCACUGAGGCCGAGGUGCAGUGUGUAGUCCACUGCAAGAACCCCAAAAUCCACCCCAAGAAGUGCUGCCCCACCUGCCCCAGUUGUAUCUUUGAGGGUCGUCUUUAUAAAGAAAAGGAGGAGUUCAGUCCAGAAGGAAAACCCUGCAUCAAGUGUACCUGCACUGGAGGCCGAACUCUCUGCAUGAGGGAGGUGUGUCCUGUCCUUUCCUGCCCUGCCCACCUCAGCCACACCCCGCCUGGACAGUGCUGCCCCAGAUGUCUUGGCCAGAGGAAGGUGUUUGAUCUGUCCUUAGGAAGCUGUCUGUUCCACAGUGACGUCUAUGAGAAUGGCACUUCCUUCACACAUGACAACUGUACCACCUGCACUUGCAAGGAUUCCACAGUGGUGUGCAAGAGACGGUGCUCACGGCAGGGAAGCUGCCAGGGCAACCAGUGCUGUGAGGAGUGUCUGUCCUAUGUGAAAGUGGAGGAAGUGAAGUACUGCAGAGUCCGCAACAAGAUCUACAGGGAAGGAGACAUGUGGUCAUCAGUUAACUGCACUCUAUGUGCCUGCGUUAAAGGAAACAUCGAAUGUCGGCCCAAACAGUGUGUACCCAUCACCACCUGCCCAUCGAAUAAGAUCCUGAACAGAACCGGCUGCUGUCCAGUUUGCACUGAAAAACCAGGUGUAUGCACAGUCUUUGGCGACCCUCACUACAACACCUUCGAUGGCAGGACCUUUAACUUUCAGGGAACUUGUCAAUAUGUGCUGACUCGUGAUUGCGGUGGUGUCCCCUCUGGAGGGCCGGGCAAUACCAUCAAUGUCAACAGCCCAGACUCCAGCUUCACGGUGCUGGUGAAGAAUGAUGCUCGGCGAACUCGCUCUUUCUCCUGGACUCAGUCUGUUGAGGUGAGGCUGGGCGGUUUGAUCCUCAGCCUCCACCAGCACCUGACAGUUCGGAGGAACGGUACCCGCAUCGCCCUGCCCUACCACGGCCCUGGAGUGCACAUCGAUCUGGACGGAUACUUGCUCAAACUCACCACCAUCGCAGGUCUGGAAAUCACAUGGGAUGGUGACAGCUUUGUGGAGGUUGUAGCCGCUCCCCACCUGCGUGGACGCCUCUGCGGCCUUUGCGGCAACUACAACGGUCACAAGCGUGACGACACCAUGGGAGGUGAUGGCCAGUUCAAGUUCGACGUGGACGAGUUUGCAGAGUCGUGGCGAGUGGACGGAAAUGAGGUUUGCAACCAGCAGCAUCCGCCUCGCAGGCCGACGUCCUUUCUGUGCCCCGGCAGUGUCAAAGUCAAGUUCAGGGCCCACCGGGAAUGCCAGAAGAUAAAGUCAUGGGAGUUUCAGAGGUGCCACCGUGUUGUGGACUUUGGCCCUUUUUACAGGUCAUGUGUGACGGACAUGUGUGAGUGUCCAGUCCAUAAAAACUGCUACUGCGAGUCCUUCAUUGCCUACAGCCGAGCCUGUGAGAGGGAGGGCAUGCCUGUCCUUUGGAAACCGGACUCCGUUUGUAUGGCCACCCAGUGUAAACAUGAUGCUGUGUAUGACACCUGCGGCCCUGGCUGCACUAAAACCUGCGACAACUGGAAUGAGAUCGGGCCGUGCCAGAAGCCCUGUGUGGCCGGCUGCCACUGCCCCGCCAACCUGGUGUUGUUCCAGGGACGCUGCAUCAAACCCACAACCUGCCCCGGACGGUGACCCUUGUGACCCUGGUGGGAGGGGGGCUUGGUUAGGAAGGGUCAGCUGUAGCAUCCACAUUAGGGGGCCAAAACAGCCAAGAAGAGUUUGGGAGGACACUACAGGGGCUCAAGUGGACAGAUUAGAUGCAGCAAGGUACUCAGGGCCCAUACAUUUACGCGAGGAAGCGCGUUGCAGAGACGCAUGAGAUAAAGACUGUGGCGAUGAACUGAAAGGAAACUUGCUAGACUUGCUAAACUUGCUAGAUGGGAGGCUGACUGUGCUUGCCACUUUCAGCUUCUGACUUCCUUGUGCCUCUUGCAACACUGUGUGCUGUAACUAUAUUAGUCACCACCACACGAGGAGCUAAUUUCGUUGAAGAAGAAAGAAGAGGGGAAUCUCAGGAGCCUCAUUUGGAGAGUUUACAUCUCACAGAGCUGAGGAACAUUCGACAGGUUGCCAUCGACCCUCAGGAAACUAUCUGGGCCAAAGGACUCUGGUUAGAGCCAAAAUGGCAACCCGAAUUCCUCUUGCAAACUUAUGUGGGAAACUGGGCAUCUGCAUUUGGAAUAGCGAGAUUCAAAGUGGAGGAACUGUCCACGCAUGCAUCAUAUCAAAGUGCCCUUGGGAUCUCUAUUCCAAUAUUUCAUACUGUAAGCUAGCCAGAUUUAUAUGAAAGACAGACAGCUUUUAUAUUAUUAUUGUUCUAAUUAUUCUAAUUAUUAUUAUUAUUAUUAUUAUUUGUUGUUGAUGUUGUUAAUUUAUAUAUCGGGUCAACUGACAUGUUGUAGCAAGAGCCAGAAUCAUGAAUAUAAUUGCGUUAUAAAUGAUUUAAAGGGAAACAAAAGCUAUUUAUGUAUUUGUCGUGUACUUUUGUGUUAACUGUUUGAAGAGAAAUGCCCAAAUGUGACUCAGUGGUUGCACCAUCGCAGGGAAAAAGUACUGUAUUGUAUUAUGCUCCAUGUACAGGUUGUUGUGGUUCGUAUCAAACUGAAGGUGUUCCUGUAAGCAUAUGUUUCACUUGACGAUAAUUAUUUAAGACCAGCAAUAUAAUCUUUUCUCAAAGUUCA